AUGGAGUACUCCGCCAGGUUGCUCUGGGGGUCCUCCACGAGCACCCACUUUGCGCCCUCGGUCGAAGGCAGAUUGGGAAUGACGGCGGCAACGUGGAGGAUCAUCCUCGCCGUGACAUCGCUCGGGGACUCGAAGACGUACUCGGCGACCUCCGUCUUGACGGUCUGCCCGUUUGGCGAGGUGAUGGGCGCGAGAGCAAACUCGGCGCUGCCGGUUUUGAGCACCUCGCCGUUGUCGGCGGAGACCAAGAAGUUGUUGGUCGUGACCCUGGUGUCCUUUGCCAGGAAGGCCGCGGUCAGCGACGAGGCGAACGUGGUGCCAAAGAGCAGCACGAGGAGCAGCACCGCCACGAAGAACGCCUUCUUGCACGGCGACACGUCGUUCAUUGCCUGGCCGCAGUAG